UCAGUGCAAAAGAAGGAUAUAUAACACAGGCAGAGGAAGAAGAUAACAUACUUUGAUUUUGAUAUGGCUAUGACCAAACCCCAUUACGCAGCAGAUAAGAACAGUGUAAUCAAAGAUGAGCAGGUAAGCAUGUUUUUGUUUUAUAACUCUUUCUUUUUGGCUUUAUUUGUUAUAUAUAGCUCGAAUGUAAGAUCAUAAAUCAUGAUUCAUUUUUACUAGAUAGGAUUUUCUUUUCCCUUCUUUUAACCAUGACACUGUAUUUGAUUCGCCUAAGAGAUCAUGCAGAAUCAUGUCUAGUUUUUCCUCUAAGGAAUGUAGAUUGCUUAUAUGCUAUAAACAUUUUUAUGUUGCUACAGCAUCCUUUGCUAGUAGUGAAUCCGAGUCAUACUUAGAACAAGACUGAACCUUAUAAAUGGUUAAGAUUGUCACUGUUAUACAAGAAAACCUUUUUUUGUAUAUAUAUGCUGCCAAUAAGAUUAAUGAGUUCUUGUUUCAGGGAGGUACCUGCGUUAUCAAACCACGAGGACUGAAUAUUGUAUGGGGCAAUGAUGAACGCUACUGGAAAAUACCUAAAGAGACUGAUGGUGAUAAACCUGUAGAGCUGUUACAGGUCUCGUGGCUGGAAGUAACAGGCUCAGUUGAUGGGUUGAGACCCGGGAAGUAUAAACUGACCUUUGAUGUGAAACUGACAGCAGAUGCAUUUGGUUGGAAAGACAUACAGGUGUUCUUGAUGGCAAAGGUAGGGAAGAAGGGAAAAUACAAAUGGGCAAGAGUCAAACUCGAUCAGGGUCUGAAUACCGAUAAAGUUUCGAUUCCUGCUGAUACACAGAAGCUAAAGAUUGAAGUUCCAAAUGACACAACAGACAACACCCUUCAUUUUGGUCUGUAUGAAGUGUGGAGUGGGAAAUGGAAAGGAGGCUUGGAGAUUUAUAAUGCCAAAGUAACUGCCAUUACUGAAGCUUGAACCUAUCUGCAGUCUUUUCUAUCAUAUAUGCAUGUGAGCCUAUUGAAAUAAUUUCUACUUAAGAUUUUAUGUACGGAAUCAUGAUCUCCAGGUGAAUAUAAAUGACCAUGAGAACAUUUGUGUUUAUGUGCGUGACUACUUCAUAAUAAUGAGAAUGAUCUUCUGUAAGGUGAUUUGAGAUUGUUAAAUAAAAAGGUUUUUCCUUCACUUCUCUGUAUACAAGGAGGCAGGAGCCAAUUGAUCGUCUAUAAAUGUGGCUAGCUCAAUAAUCAAUACAUUUUUUCACUUCUUUCCAAAAUGCCCUUCUACCAGAUCAUACAUGUCAAGGUUUGGGAUUAAUGUA